AACCUAUAGCAGUGACGUCCAUCCAAGCAGAAGAUUUUUCAUUAAUUAGCAAGUAUCUUGGUGGAAUUUUAACAACACAAGAACUAGAUAGACUUAAGAAAAUGCAUAAUCUAUAUGUAGAAUUAGAGGCAAAUGGUGCACUAAGUAAAAUGAAAAACUCAAUUAAAGCACAGUAUGGGCCAAUAAGUAUGACAACAUUAGAAUUUGAAAGAAGACUUGAAAUAGGUUGGAGUAACAGAAUGAUAAAAAUAUAUGCUCUAAAGCAAAAACAUCAUGUAGAUGCAAUAAAGAAAGAAAUUGUUACAAAAUUUCAAAAAGCAUUUACAAAAGAAAAAGCCAGGCUUCGAAAGGAGAAAAAGGAAAAAAGAAAAGCCCAAGCACAGCAAUCAACGCAUCAAAUGAUGAAGAAAGAAAUUACGACAAAACAGAGUAUAGAUAAAAGUAGACAAAAAAUGUGGAAAGUGCUAAAAGAGCUGAAGGAAGAAUCAAGACUGAAAAUUAGCUGGAAGAACAUUGAGGAAAUAGCUAUUUUGAGGUUCAAGAACAAGACAGAAAAGGUUACAAGUGAAAGAAUGUGCAAGGAAAAUUCUGAUAAAGAAACCUCAAGA